CUCUUAUUGCGGGCGGGAGAGCGGGCGGGCGGCGCUGCCGGCGGAGCGUUACCGGCCGGCAGCGCACGGCCGCCAUGGGGCGGUACUCGGGCAAGACGUGCCGCCUCAUCUUCAUGCUGGUGCUCACCGCCGGCUUCUUCGUGGCCGAGCUGGUGUCCGGAUACCUGGGCAACUCCAUCGCGCUGGUGUCCGACUCCUUCAACAUGCUCUCGGACCUCAUCUCCCUCUGCGUGGGGCUCUCCACCGGGCGCAUCGCCCGCCGCAGCCGCCGCGGUCCCCGCGCCACCUACGGCUACAGCCGCGCCGAGGCGGUGGGAGCGCUCAGCAACGCCGUCUUCCUCACCGCCCUCUGCUUCACCAUCCUCGUGGACUCCGUCCUCCGCCUCGCCCGGCCCGAGCCCAUAGACGACGCCCAGCUGGUGCUCAUCGUCGGCACCCUCGGCCUCGCCGUCAACGUCGUGGGGCUCCUCGUCUUCCAGGACUGGGGCGCCUGCUGCCGCGGCCGCCGCCCGUCCCCCGCUCCGCCCGCGGCCGCCGCGCUGCGGGACGCGCCCGGUGGCACCCCGAACGGCGGGGAGGAUGAAGCAGGUGAUUCACCAAACGACCAAAAGAGCCCUGAAGUGGGGUCUGAGAAGAAAAAAGAGAAAAAGUCUGAAGCCUUGAACAUCAGAGGGAUUUGGAGGAACUCCAGAGGUUGUGGCUUUAUUUCUCACACAGAUCAAGGUGUUCUUUUGCAUGUUAUGGGAGAUGCACUUGGAUCUGUGGUUGUGGUAGUUACUGCUGCUAUCUUCUAUAUUCGUCCUCUGGGAAAUGCUCCGUGUAAUUGGCAGUGCUACAUUGAUCCAAGCCUGACAAUAGCUAUGGUGUUCAUCAUCUUGUCUUCUGCAUUCCCACUUAUAAAGGAGACCUCAACUAUUUUGUUGCAGAUGGUCCCCAAAGGUGUUAAUAUGCAACUAUUGACUGACAGACUAGCUCGCGUACCAGGGGUCAGCAGCCUCCAUGAGGUGCACGUCUGGGAGCUUGCAAGUGGGAAGAACAUUGCCACUCUUCAUAUCAAGUGCCAAGCCCCUUCUGACUACCAAGAUGCUGAUUACAAAAUACGGAAGGUUUUCCACGAGGCAGGAGUCCAUUCUGUGACCAUCCAGCCCGAGUAUGCUGACCACAAGAGCUCACAUCUCCUGUGCAACUCACCCUGCAUCUCAAAAGCCUGUGACUCUCACCUGUGCUGCAGCCAGAGAGAGCCCCUCCGGGCUGAAACGAAUGGCUACGUGGAGAAAAGUGAAAGCUCCCUUUCUGCACAGCACAAAGACAAUGGUUCGAGGAAAAGUGACAUUGAAAUCCUUAUGGAGGACCCAGUGGUAGAGGAGAGUGUGAAAAACGUGAAGAACUGUGACAUGUCCGAUGACAAAUCACAGUCGGGUAGUACACGAUUUUAGGCAAUUCGCUCUGCUCUGUGUCAUGUUCUCAUGGAGCAAACAAAUCCUGUCUGGGAAGGGGGGCGUCGGUGGUUGUAGCUGGAGCUGGUGAGGCAAAAAGAUUUCUGUGCUUUAGCUGUAAACCAAAAUACACCUAAAACCCCCUUGUACCUUAAAUAAGGAUUAAGAUUUCCACCAAGGCAGUUGCAUUUGCAUGAUUUUUGCGAUGCAGCCUCGCCCAGUUCCUUACCAAACUAAGGCUGAAUUCCUACUGUUAGAGUGGAUGGUGUGUAUUGCUCUCUGUCUGCACUGAUGUUUGCAGUUCAUGGCCAGUAGCACUGGGAAAGAACCUCUGGCCUUUCAUGCUGGAGUGAGCUGUUCCUUGAAAGCCCUGUGGCCAGUUAAUGAUUGUACUGGACUGAAGUACUGUAUAUUUAUAAAGCACUUCAGUAGAGAUGCUUUACUGAUCCUUAAACCCCAUUUUUGCAUGGACAGUUCAUUUUUAACAGUAACAAUUCUGGCCAGUGGAAUUUGUGAAUGAAAUUAAGAGUGUCUAAGGGUAAGCACUCAGGAAUUUUGACUCAUGUUAUUUUCUUGAUUGACUCCUGUAUUUAAGGACAGAGCAGAAGCUGGUCUUGCUUCUCUACAGGUAAUACUGGAGUCCCAACCUAAUCACAGAUGAGCGUGCUAAGGAAUAGACUGCUUGUCAUGAAAACAAAUAAGUACUUACUAACGUCUGUACUGAUUCUAGCAAAUGGAAAUGCAGGCAGUCAUCCAAUUAACUUUUAUCUUUUUUCACUGUUGUGAUUGUAUAACUCAGUCUUUUAAAAUUCUUAUUAUUCUUCUCCUGACAACACGGGUUCCAAGAGCCACAGUCUUAUUUCAUCAUUGUGCAGGAUGAUUGCAUUAUCUUUAAAACUGAGCCUGUCAUUAUUCAUGCUGAAUAAAUAAGCUAAUGUGUUUAUUACGAACAGUUGAAAUUCUGCAAUUCUAUUAUUAAGGCAUAAUUUAAUAUUGUAUUCAUUAAGGAGGCACCUUUCAAGUCUUGUAUGCAGUAUUAUCACUUUUGGGGAGCCUUAAAAAAUUAAACCAGGAUUUUUUUCCUGGUUUAGUCUCAAUCAUUUUUUGUUGGCUGGUUUUAAAGGUCUUGAUGCCUUGAACCCUACCCUCUGCCCUGGCCCUCCCCCCUGCCCAAAGGUGCAUCUCAAAGUGUAUUUAGUGAAGCAGUUCACUAUCUUUUUGCUGCUUGCUCUUUCUGAAGGUAUGCAGGGGUGCUCUAAGGAAAACAAGGUGGUGUGCCCUGUCACCAGUGCUGGAUUUCAGUCAGGUGUGUUCCACAGGUUUCUGGGAGGGGAAACCCACUACUCAAUCCACACUGAGUCUAGUGGGUAUGCAGACCAGAUCUAGAAGAUUCCAAACAUAUUUUGCUGGCAAAAGCAGCCUUUCAAUGUCCUGUGUGGCCUGGACAGGCUAUUCAAUCCAUUUACUCACAGAGACACCUUUGUAAAAUCAUGGUGCCUUUACCUCAGUGACACCUUAACAGAAAAGGCAAAUUGAUUUCCAGCCUGGGUUGAGAAAAUACCAGGACCUCCUCCUUGUAAGGAUGACUAAAAAGCACUCAACUCCUUAUUAAUAAAGAUGAUUGCAGUAAUUCAAUGAAUAUUAAAACACUCAGCAGGAUAUUUUACUGCUUGGAAUGUAGUAUUUACUGAAGCAGUGAUUUCAGCCUAAGUAGAACAUUUCUAGAAUUAUAAUUACCCCUAUUAAAUAGAUUUUUGGAUGAAUUAAGAUAUUUUAUACCAUUUUAUUGUAAGUUUGUAUCAUAAAAAUUAACUAUUUGUUAAUAUAAUUAAGAGCUUGA